GAUGGACUGACGGUGCACGGUGAGUCUGGGUUUCUGUUUCUCUUAAUUUCUGCUUCUGGGUCUUCACUCUUUAAUCGAUUUAUGGCUUCCUCUUAAUUUCUGCUUCUGGGUAUUCAAUUUCAAUCUUCAAGUCUGGGUUUGGCUCGAACUCUACUAGGUGAAGCAGCUUCAAUUUCAGUUGUCGACUCGAUUUUGGAAACUUCAAGCUUGGAAACAGUUGGAGGAAACUUCAUUGGUGUUUUUAAUAUGGGAUGGAAGGCCGCGAUGACUGGUGGGGCCGAGCUUACAGGUGGCAGCGGCAAUGUGGAGGUCAAAAGUGACUCAAUUAGUGAAGGGAGUUCGGAUUUUGAUCUGGAAUCAGAUGGGUCACUGCCCUUUUACAUGCUUGAUGCUUACGAAGAGUUCUAUGGACCUAAUAUGGGCACUGUUUAUCUAUUUGGGAAGGUUAAAGUAGGAAGUUCAUAUCAGAGUUGUUGUGCGGUUGUAAAGAACAUGCAAAGAUGUGUCUAUGCAAUUCCGGACAGUCCUUUAUUUCAAAUUGACGAAAUGAUGAAGCUUGAAAAGGAUGCCGAGGACUCAAGGAUUUCACCCACAGAUUUUCGUAAGAAGCUGCAUGAUGCGGCUUCAAAAUUAAAGAAUGAAUUAGCAAAGAAGUUGUUGGAUCUCAAUGUAUCAGCUUUUAGCAUGGCACCUGUCAAGAGGAACUAUGCUUUUGAGUGA